AUGUCAGAUGGCAGUCCAAUACUCAACAACGGCUACAACAAAGAAGUGACACAGAACAGAUAUAAAACUGUUAAAGAAGUCAUCAUGGCACACUACACUAUACUAUCUCAUGCUCAAAUAUGCAGUGGAAAUGUACAAACUGAAUAUGCAAUUAUUACCUGUAACAAAGGCGACGAUCCUCAAGGGAGUGAAGCCGUC